CAUGUGGAUAUCGUCGUCAUUUCUCUCUCUAACCCCUUCUCUCUUCACUCUCUCUCUCUCUAGAAGAUCGCUAUCUUGAAUAAAAAAAGACGAUAUGACUUCAAGCAAUCCGGUGGUCGUCGAAGUACUACCGUCGGAAACUUCUACAGAUGCUACAGAGACGACGAUGGAAACGACGGAAGCUGGGGAAGCACCGGAGAAGAAGGUGAGGAAAGCUUAUACAAUCACCAAGUCUAGAGAGAGUUGGACUGAAGGAGAACACGAUAAGUUUCUCGAAGCUCUUCAAUUGUUUGAUCGUGACUGGAAAAAGAUAGAAGAUUUUGUUGGUUCAAAGACAGUCAUUCAGAUCAGGAGCCAUGCCCAAAAAUACUUCCUAAAGGUCCAGAAAAAUGGGACUUUAGCACAUGUGCCACCCCCUAGGCCUAAGCGCAAAGCUGCUCAUCCAUAUCCUCAAAAGGCAUCGAAGAAUGCUCAAAUGUCGCUACACGUUUCCAUGUCCUUUCCUACUCAAAUAAAUAACCUGCCUGGAUAUACUUCAUGGGAUGAUGAUACCUCUGCAUUGCUAAACAUAGCCGUAAGUGGGGUUAUUCCACCAGAAGAUGAACUUGAACUUGAUACUCUUUGUGGAGCAGAAGGCAUGCGUUCUCAUCUGUACUCAUUUUUGUAUUUUGCUUUGGUAGUCGAGUUACUCUAUCUGCUGAAGUUUCAUAAGCUAAAUGCUGCUUACAAUAUUAUUGUUUCAGUUGUUAUUGGAUCGAAUGACAUGAUAAGUGAAACUAGUCCUUCAGCAUCUGGUAUCGGAAGCUCAAGCAGAACACUAUCAGAUUCUAAGGGUUUAAGAGUGGCGAAACAAGCUCCCUCAAUGCAUGGUCUUCCUGAUUUUGCUGAGGUUUAUAACUUCAUUGGGAGUGUCUUCGAUCCUGACAGCAAAGGCCGCAUGAAAAAGCUCAAGGAGAUGGAUCCUAUAAAUUUCGAAACUGUUCUGCUGUUGAUGAGAAACCUCACAGUGAACUUGUCAAACCCUGACUUCGAACCUGCUUCUGAAUAUGUUGAUGCUGCAGAGGAAGGUCAUGAACACUUGAGCUCUUAGCUGUUAGUGCACUCAACAAGUUAUAUAUCUUCUUGACGACUUCUUGCUUGCAACAACUGUCUACCAGCUAUCAAAUGCUUCUUACGGUUGUUGUCUGAGGAGAACAUAACUGAGUCGUCGUCACAAACAAAAGGAACAUAUGCAGUUUCGGUCAGAACCAGUCGAGUGAAUGGUAGAUAUAUGUAUGUGUGUGUAGAAAAUGGUUACCAAUUGUAUCUUCUUUUUGAUAAUUAUUUGUUCAUGCGUUUUGUAAUAUGUAAGUUUCUCUACCUCAUUUUCUGAUUGGUUAAAAUCUAUGUAACACAGUAGCAAAUUGUUACUUAUAACUUUAUAAGUGAGAUACAUAACUAUGUUGUAUUCUUCUUGUAUCUAGCGUUAACGUCCAGGUUUUGUCUCUGUUCUUCUCAAUAACAACAAUUCUUGGAA